AUCAUCACCAACGUCGUCGACAGCCAGCUCAACUACAGCAAGAAGCUCAUCUUCGACGAUGCGCCCGAGACGCGGACGGCCGUCGCGUACUCGUACAUCAUUUCGUACUCGUGCAUGGUGCUCGGCUGCCUCUGGGUGUUCCUCCUCCCGCCGCAGCGCGCCGCCGUCGCCGAGCUCAAGAAGAACGGCGGCAGCCACCCCAAGGUGGCCGCGCUCAUCUUUGUCACGCUCUUUGUCGUGCUCGUCACGUCCAUCACGGGCAGCUUGAUGUCCAUGUUCCCGAGCACGAGCUGCUUCCUUCUCGCGGGCGGCAAGGUGCCGUGCCCGGAAGGCACGCCGCACACGUACCUCGCCAUCAUCUUCGUGCCCGGUGCCAUCGUCGCACUCUUUGCCGCGUACAAGCUCUUCAUCGCCAAGAAGUAG